AUGUCAAGAGCCGGAAUAGCCAUGCUUAAUUCCACCUUGGCUUUAUCUGCUGUGACACGGCGGUGGCUCAAACCAAUUGCACACACUUCGAAUUUGGUCAAUGAUACUGGUCGCCCUUGGAUUAUCUACAAAUCAACUCUGGACCAAAACCCUAUCAAUCCCGUCAUCGAUGUCUACACUAGUUAUGGCUCAUUAGGACUGUAUAGCUCAUAUCUUGGGCUUGUGCCCGAUUAUAAUGUCGGCUUCGUUAUUCUCGCAGCAGACGAAGUGGCCGCGGCUGAUCUUAAUGUUCAUGUCGAUGUUGUCGCCGAUGUGCUCCUACCAGAGCUUGAAAAAGCGGCACUCAGCCAGGCAGAAUAUGUGUACUCUGGAGAGUACAGAUCAAAUAACCUGACAGCUUCUCUGAUUAUCGAAGAUCCGCAUGACUUGCCGGGCUUGUCCGUGUCCAACAUCACAGUGGUAUCAACAGACAUUCGCGAAGAACUUGCAAGGCUUAUGGGGACUUCGCCGUCAGCACUGAGUAUCAGACUUUACCCAACAGACUUAACUGAGAAAAUCUCGUCUGGAGAGACAAGGAUUGCCUUCAGGGCAGUUUUCCAGGAUCAAGAUGCUCCCAUUGAUGCCGGAACGCCGACGUGUGUCACAUGGCUGAGUGUCGAUGCACUGAACUAUAAUGGCAAACCGCUGGAUUUAUUUAUUUUCAAUGUUACCAAGGAAACAACAAGUGUCGAAAUCCCGGCACUUAACUUGGAAAUGACGAAGAGAGCUAAAUAG